UCCUCCAUUUUCUCCUUUCCCCUUCCUCCCUUCCCUGGCCCGCCCUCUCCUCUUCCACCUGUCCUUCUUCCCUGCUCCGGGGAGCCCCCGUUUUGGAUUAGUUGGGGGCCACUGCUGGAGGCGGGGGAGGGGGCUCUGUGGACUGCCCUCUCCCCCCGCCCCGGCCACACCACCACCCAGCGCCAGAGCAUCUCCCCGUUGUCUUUCUCGGGCCUCGAGGGAGCCCAGCCCUCCGUCCCACCAGGAUCCGUGGCGAGUGGGGGCCGCGGCAGCUGCGUCCCCAUGAGGAGGGGAGGAAGAUGCCGGCUGAGCUGUUGCUGCUGCUGAUUGUUGCCUUCGCCAGCCCCAGCUGCCAGGUGCUCUCAUCACUGCGCAUGGCUGCAAUCCUGGACGACCAGACAGUGUGUGGCCGCGGCGAACGUCUGGCCCUGGCUCUGGCCCGGGAGCAGAUCAACGGGAUCAUCGAGGUCCCAGCCAAGGCCCGGGUGGAAGUGGACAUCUUUGAGCUUCAGCGGGACAGCCAGUACGAGACCACAGACACCAUGUGUCAGAUCCUGCCCAAGGGGGUUGUGUCCGUCCUGGGGCCUUCCUCCAGCCCUGCGUCUGCCUCCACCGUGAGCCAUAUCUGUGGGGAGAAGGAGAUCCCCCACAUCAAGGUGGGUCCCGAGGAGACACCCCGCCUGCAGUACCUGCGCUUCGCGGCCGUCAGCCUGUACCCCAGCAACGAGGACGUCAGCCUGGCAGUCUCCCGGAUCCUCAAGUCCUUCAACUACCCCUCAGCCAGCCUCAUCUGCGCCAAGGCCGAGUGCCUCUUGCGGUUGGAGGAGCUCGUGCGUGGCUUCCUCAUCUCCAAAGAGACGCUGUCCGUGAGGAUGCUGGAUGACAGCCGGGACCCCACGCCGCUGCUCAAGGAGAUUCGCGAUGACAAGGUGUCCACCAUCAUCAUCGAUGCCAACGCGUCCAUCUCCCACCUCAUUCUCCGUAAGGCCUCAGAGCUGGGAAUGACCUCAGCGUUUUACAAAUACAUCCUCACCACCAUGGACUUCCCCAUCCUGCACUUAGACGGGAUCGUGGAGGAUACCUCCAACAUCCUGGGCUUCUCUAUGUUCAACACCUCACAUCCCUUCUACCCCGAGUUCGUGCGCAGCCUCAACAUGUCCUGGAGGGAGAACUGUGAAGCCAGCACCUACCCGGGUCCCGCGCUGUCAGCAGCCCUGAUGUUCGACGCCGUGCACGUGGUGGUGAGUGCCGUCCGGGAGCUGAACCGCAGCCAGGAGAUCGGCGUGAAGCCGCUGGCCUGCACAUCGGCCAACAUUUGGCCCCAUGGGACCAGCCUGAUGAACUACCUGCGCAUGGUAGAGUAUGACGGGCUGACUGGGCGGGUCGAGUUCAACAGCAAAGGGCAGAGGACCAACUACACCCUGCGCAUCCUGGAGAAGUCCCGGCAGGGCCACCGUGAGAUCGGGGUAUGGUACUCUAACCGGACCCUGGCCAUGAACGCCACCACCCUGGACAUCAACCUGUCGCAGACACUGGCCAAUAAGACACUGGUGGUCACGACCAUUCUGGAGAACCCGUAUGUCAUGCGCCGGCCGAACUUCCAGGCCCUGUCUGGGAAUGAGCGCUUCGAGGGCUUCUGCGUGGACAUGCUGCGGGAGCUGGCCGAGCUGCUGCGCUUCCGCUACCGCCUGCGGCUGGUGGAGGAUGGGCUGUACGGGGCGCCCGAGCCCAAUGGCUCCUGGACGGGCAUGGUUGGCGAGCUCAUCAACCGGAUGAGCAAACUGAGGCCCAGAGACGUGGAAGCCCCUGCCCAAGGUCACCCAGCGAACUCAGGGCAGAGCCGGGGCUCCCCAUUCCCGCACCGGGCCCUUCCCAGCGCCCUGCCUUGCCUGCUCCGUCAUCAGAAGGCAGACCUGGCUGUGGCCGCGUUCACCAUCACGGCCGAGCGGGAGAAGGUCAUCGACUUCUCCAAACCCUUCAUGACCCUGGGGAUCAGCAUCCUCUACCGAGUGCACAUGGGCCGCAAGCCUGGCUACUUCUCCUUCCUGGACCCCUUCUCCCCUGCUGUGUGGCUUUUCAUGCUUCUCGCCUACCUGGCUGUCAGCUGUGUCCUGUUCCUGGCCGCCAGGCUGAGCCCCUACGAGUGGUAUAACCCACACCCGUGCCUGCGGGCACGCCCCCACAUCCUGGAGAACCAGUACACACUGGGUAACAGCCUCUGGUUCCCCGUAGGGGGCUUCAUGCAGCAGGGCUCGGAGGUCAUGCCCCGGGCGCUAUCCACACGCUGCGUCAGCGGAGUCUGGUGGGCCUUCACCUUGAUCAUCAUCUCUUCCUACACGGCCAACCUGGCCGCCUUCCUCACCGUGCAGCGCAUGGAGGUGCCUGUGGAGUCAGCUGAUGACCUGGCAGACCAGACCAACAUUGAGUACGGCACCAUCCAUGCUGGCUCCACCAUGACCUUCUUUCAGAACUCACGGUACCAGACGUACCAGCGUAUGUGGAACUACAUGCAGUCAAAGCAGCCCAGCGUGUUUGUCAAGAGCACGGAAGAAGGCAUCGCGCGUGUUCUCAACUCCCGCUAUGCCUUCCUGCUCGAGUCGACCAUGAACGAGUACCACCGGCGUCUCAACUGCAACCUCACCCAGAUCGGGGGCCUCCUCGACACCAAGGGCUAUGGCAUCGGCAUGCCACUGGGCUCCCCAUUCCGGGAUGAGAUCACCCUGGCCAUCCUGCAACUUCAGGAGAACAACCGGCUGGAAAUCCUGAAGCGCAAGUGGUGGGAGGGGGGCCGGUGCCCCAAGGAAGAGGAUCAUCGCGCUAAAGGUCUGGGCAUGGAGAACAUUGGUGGCAUCUUUGUCGUGCUCAUCUGUGGUCUCAUCAUCGCCGUCUUUGUGGCAGUCAUGGAAUUCAUAUGGUCCACGCGGAGGUCAGCAGAGUCCGAGGAGGUGUCGGUGUGCCAGGAGAUGCUGCAGGAGCUGCGGCACGCGGUGUCCUGCCGCAAGACGUCGCGUUCCCGCCGGCGCCGGCGCCCAGGCGGCGCGAGCCGGGCCCUGCUGUCGCUGCGCGCGGUCCGCGAGAUGCGCCUCAGCAACGGCAAGCUCUACUCGGCCGGCGCGGGCGGGGAUGGGUGGACUCGCCAGAGGGUGCUGCGGACCCGCACUCCGCCCCCCCACUGCGGACAGGAGGAGCGCAGGAAUCGAGGACUCCAGGGGACCACGGGGCCAUUCCGGAAGCGGAAAGCAGUCCGCGAGGAGAGCCCCAUCCUGGGACUGCUCAGGCUCCCCAAAACUUGA